CUGCGCGCCCUCUCUCUUGACUCCUGUCCCGGAUUUAAAGGGGAAGGACACCGGUUCCGGGCAGGCAGCAUGGCCGCUGCAAGGGGAGCCGAGGCGGAGCAGCUCCGGGUGCAAGAGGCCGUCGACGGCAUGGUGCAAGGGCUGGAGCGGGGCAGCAUCCGGAAGAUGCAGGGCAUCAUGUUCCGGUGCAGCGCCUCCUGCUGCGAGAACGACAAGGCCUCCAUGCAGCAAGUGCACCAGUGCAUUGAGCGCUGCCAUGCUCCGCUGGCCCAGGCGCAAGCCGUGGUCACCCAAGAGCUGGAGAGGUUUCAGGACCGCCUGUCCCGCUGCACCAUGCACUGCAACGACAAAGCCAAGGACGCCUUGGACUCGGGCAACAAGGAGCCGCAGGUCAAGUCCCAGCUGGAGAACUGCGUCUCCCGCUGCGUGGAGGAGCACCUGGGCCUCAUCCCCAGCAUGGCCAAGAAGAUGAAGGAGAACCUGGCUGGCAUCGCCCAGUAGGAGCAGAGGCACAAGGCCUUGCAAUGCAGAUUUGCAGAGCUGGCCGCAAAUGCAGAAGCAGCAGCAACGCAACAGAGUCGGAUUUUCUGACAACGCAGAGACUCUUUUGUGGUGGCCUUGACAUGAUCCGGGUGGACGGGAGGAAAGAAAUGGCCCUUGUUCCCUUUCGGUGCUGUCUCAAAUCCCGUACGUUCCCCAUUGUAUGCAAAAUUAAAAGUAGACAUGGCUAUAUAAUAAUAAUAAUAAUAAGUUUAUUUGUAUCCCGCCUCCAUCUCCCCCGGAGGGGACUCGGGGCGGCUUACAGCAAAAUCAAAAUACAAACAAUGAUAAAAUAUAAAACAUCAGGACAAAAACAAAAACCAAUAAAAAUAUAUACAAUAAGUUAAAAAACACAACGCAGAAUUAAAACUAUAUGCACAUCUCCCCACAAAAAAAAAACCAAAACAAAGGUACAUCCACACUGUAGAGUUAAUGUAGUUUAACAGCACUUUAACUGCCAUGGCUCAAAACGCUGGAAUCCUGGGAGAUAUUGUUCAGCAUAUUCCCAAUAGAGAUGGCUGGAAGCCUUGCAAAACUGCAAACUCCCUGGAUCACUGCAACUCAAAGUGGUAUCAAACUGGAUUAAUUCAACAGUGUAGACGCACUAUUCAAUGAGGAAUGAGGAUGCCCUUAGAUUGUGCAGACAGCAAUUCAAAAUGGAAAAUAUAAGCGAAACUUUGAAAUGUAUCGCUGCUCAGAGGCCAUUCUUAACAAAUUCGGGUGCAUUUGUUCCAAUGGGAACAACAAGAAUCGCCAACGGUCUUCUGGUUUCCUGUUUUUUCUCCUCCUUCUCUUUAAACUGUGAAAUAUUUUCUAAAGAAUUUAAUAAAAAAAUUAAAACUAUA